AUGCCUUUGCUUAGGAAAAUUUCGCGGGACGCCUCGCCAACAGCCUCCCUUGACCUUUCCCGGUCAUCUUUUGACCACGAUGGUCUAGGAAUCUACACGAAGUACGAAAAGGAAGGGCAUUCAAAUGACCAAUUUGCCAAUUAUACGACUCGCAAACCUAUUUCUCGGGUCCAUCGCCGCUCCACGAGUGGAACGUCCCAAUUCUCCACAGGAAGCGGCUCAAGCAUGGGCAAACCUGGAACGCAAUAUGUUCAUCCGAUGCGGCAAGCCCCCCGUGGGUAUACGCCACCUAUGGGCCAAUCCUACCCUGCGUCAAUUUUUGAAAGCGAUGACUCUGCUAAGGGAGACACCGCGGAUGGCGACGUAUUCGGCCCGUCUGGUUCGGUUCGCGCCGCCUCAGGUCAGACACCGCGGCUGUCAUUGCAGAUCCAAGACAGCUCAUUCACACGGUUACCAGGGAAUUCGCAAACCAAUGUCACCAGUCGGUCGUCCUUUGGCUACUCACGAGACAAUGGGAGCACACUGGACACGGCGUCUCCAAUCUCUAGGCCGUCAUUGGAUUUUGUCUUCCGGUCCAAGACACGAACGAGUAUGGACCCUGUAUCUCGAGCCGCCACUGUGCAGGCUGCGCGCCAGGCUUUUGAAGAAAAGGAGGCCGCAAAGGCUCGAAAAUUUGAGGAGCAGCAGAUGAAAGCCGAGCAGAAACAAAUGAAGAGAAAGGAGAAACAACAGCAUUGGCGGACGUCACUCCGGGACGGUGAAGCGCCGGAAUUUGCAUGGGAGAAGCAGCCUCAGGAAGCACCAGACGUUCGUCCUCCCCGUGUUACGCCUGCACCACCGCCGCCGCCGCCCCAACCAAAGCCGGAAACAUGGAAGUCGCAGCCCAAGAAUACGUGGAUGCACUUUCUCACCUGGUUACGGACCCGAAUCUUCAAGCUUCGCAGAAAGGUCAAGAAGCUCGCCUGA